AUGAGCAGAUUGGUGGGCGAUUCAAGCAAUAUAGUACGAAUACAAACAGGUGCUAAAACUUCUGUCAUCAAUGAAUCGUCGAAAAAAACUGCUAAAACAUUCAAUCCUGAUAUUGAAAUGCAAAAUAAUCAACAAACGGAGAGUGGAAAAGAUAAGACGAAAGAUGUUAGCAUUACAUCUACAUUCGUAGUUCCGGAACGAGGUUACGGUUGGUUCGUCGCAUCCGUUAUGGUUGUUGCGGAUAUGGUUGGUGGUGGUAUAGUAGCUAUGCCAGCUGCAUUUCAUGAAACAGGUAUAAUUCUUGGUUGUAUAUUUAUGGGACUAAUUGCUAUAUUUUUUACGAACAGUGCUUAUCUUUUAUCAGAGACAUGGACUAUAAUGAGAGAACGGUGGCCUAUGUACAAGACAAAUUGUCGUCAACCGUAUCCUGAAAUUGGCAUGCGUAGUUUUGGACCUAAAAUGAGGACUUUCACGGCUCUCUGUGUUAACACGACGCUGUUUGGUGUCACUACUGUAUAUGUUAUUCUGUCAUCAAGCAUAUUUCACAAAGUUCUAAUCUAUUUCGGUAUUAAAAUAAAUUUCUGCCUCUUGCUAAUAAUCCUUGUAAUACUAAUCUUGCCGAUUACCUUUCUCCGAUCGCCAGCUGAUUUUUGGCUUUUUGUGGCUGUAUCGCUUCUCUGUACCAUUGCUGCAGUUGUGCUAAUUUUGAUUGGUGUUAGUCGAGAUCACAGUUCAUGCAAAUUAUCAGCUGUUUAUAAGCCACCAUCAUUUCACUCCCUCUACAGCCUUGGCACAUUUGUGUUUGCCUAUAGUGGCCAUCACGUAUUCCCAACGAUACAGCACGAUAUGCGUGAGCCAAAUGAAUUCACAAAAUCCAUUUUACUUGGAUUCAUCUGGACCGGUUGUUUGUAUAUUCCGUUAUCCGUCUAUUCCUAUGUUGUUUACGGUCAAAGUAUGCAUGAAUCAGUAAUUGAUUCAUUGCAAACAACAUGGAUUCGGCAUGCAGCUGAUUUAGCAGUUGCAUUUCACUGCGUGCUUACCAUUAUUCUAACUAUCAAUCCGAUCAAUCAACAAUUUGAAGAUAUUUUUCAUGUGCCACAUAAGAUGUGUUGGCAACGUAUUGCCGUUCGUACCGGACUUUUGGUAUCCGUAUUGUUCGUUGCUUUAUCAGUGCCAAAUUUUGGCUCAAUUAUGGAUUUCUUUGGGAGCACAACUCUACCAUUCACCUGUAUCAUAUUGCCAACUAUAUUUGGUCUUUCUCUCAAAUCUCAACGAUACAAUGAGAAAACGAAAGAAUGGAAAAUACCCACAUUGGAAGAAAUUUAUGAGAGAACGCCACGUCAUAUGAUGUAUUGGUAUGGGAUUUUGAAUGUAAUAACAAUAAUUGCAUCAAUAAUAAGUGCACUGAUGGCAAUCAAAGCAAUGGCAACAAUUCGAUUUGUUCCACCUUGCUUCAUACAACCAUUUCUGGAAUCAACAGAUCAUUUAAAUACUACUACUAGUUUACUAAAUUGCUGUGGACAAUACUCGAAUAUCACAUGGAAUCCGGAAAAUCAGUGUGUGAAUCAAUGA